UGAAGCCCCGUCUCCAUCACCUCAGAGGAAGCUGAGCAUUUCCUACUGCCCGAGACCUCGAGCCCUCAGUGAAGAAAGCCGCUAAGAGGUCAGCCCCUUGGAGCCAGGCCAGGCCAGGAUGGAGAUUCCCAUGGCCACAGAGGACUACAGCCUGACCACUGAGUACGAUUAUGGGGCCCUCACUCUAUGCCACAGUGUGGUGGUGAGGGCCUUCACGUCCCAGGCCCUGCCGCCCUUGUACUCCCUGGUGUUCCUCAUCGGUGUGGUGGGCAACGUCCUGGUGGUCCUGGUCCUCAUGAAGUACAAGCGGCUCCAAAGCAUGACCACCAUCUACCUGCUCAACCUGGCCCUCUCGGACCUGCUCUCCCUCUUCACGCUGCCCUUCCGGAUCAACUACCAGGUCAAAGAGAGCUGGAUCUUUGGCAAUGGCAUGUGCAAGCUCCUGUCCGGCCUCUACUAUGUGGGCUUGUACAGCGAGAUCUUCUUCAUUGUCCUGCUGACCAUCGACAGGUACCUGGCCAUUGUCCACACUGUGUUUGCACUCCGAGCGCGGACUGUCACCUUAGGCAUCAUCACCAGCGUUGUCACCUGGGCCCUGGCCUUCUUGGCUUCUGUCCCAGAAUUGUACUUUUCUAAGACCCAGUGGGUGAUUACUCAAUAUAGCUGUGACCUGUAUUAUCCCUAUGACAGCCACGAGGCCUGGCGGUACUUUCAGGCUCUGAAGCUGAACCUGCUGGGGUUCAUCUUGCCGCUGCUGGUCAUGGUGUUCUGCUACGCGAGCAUCCUCAACGUUCUGCUCCACCGGCCCAACCAGGAGAAGGCCAAAGCCGUCCGCCUGAUCUUCAUCAUCAUGAUCAUCUUCUUCCUCUUCUGGACCCCACACAACCUGGCUGUGUUCGUUUCCGCUUUCCAGGAGCACAUGUUCACCAAGUCCUGCGAGCAGUACCAACAGUUGACCCUGGCCCUGCGCAUUACAGAGGUGAUUGCCAACACCCACUGCUGUAUCAACCCAGUCAUCUACGUCUUUGUGGGCCACAGGUUCCGGAAGGACCUGCGGCAGUUGUUUCAGAGACAGGUGGCUGUAUGCUUGGGCACGUGUCAGCCCUUCUUCUCCCGGCCUCAGCUGGAGGGUGUCAGCUCUGUGUCUGUGUCCACUGGGGAACAGGUGCCGUCUGAUAUGCUCUGACUCAGACACCUGAAGGACUCUGGGUCACAGUGGCAGUGGCCGGCUGGUGGGCCAUCGUGGCAAGGAGAAGAGGCUACGUGACCAUCCCCACCAGAUACCCGUAGACACACAUAGCCUUGAGAUGGAGGGUGCUCGACAUUGGUCGCAAUCAGUCACCAGGGUUUCAAUCCUGCCAUGACUCUCCUUGGUGGACAGGGACAAAUGGGUGACAUGGGACAUUCCAGAGACUGAGACUGCAGACUCCAGGGAACAGCUUGGCUCCAAAUAGGAUGCCCAGUCUGCAAACAUUGGCAUUCACAAAACACUCAACAGCAACAGUCCUAAAGAACUUGGGAACAGUGAUUUCCAUGGUGGCAGUCCCUGAGUCCUAGAACCAGCGAGUCAACCAUAGCUCCCUUCUCCACCUGCCUCACAUUCUCAAAACUCAGAACACAGAACUGAGGAUGGCCAACAUGACACUGACAGGGACAUGGGGUUAGGGAUGAGCUGUUGGCAGUGAGAAAAGGCAUAGGUGGCUGUGAGAGGCCUGCCUGGCAGGUGGGCAGGCCACACUAUGUCCUGAACAGAAGAGGAGGGGUCCCGCAGGAGAAGUAGCCAGUGCCCCACUCUGUCCUGUAGCCUCAGCCCCUAC